UGUAGCUAACAAAAUGAAACUCUUGGCUUUUCUGCUUCUUGGCUUGUAUUAUUUUUAUGUAAAGAGUGAAGAGUGUGUACAGGAUAAAUCUGACCCUGACACUGACUACUGUCGGAGAUACUGUUUCAAUAACACUAACCGUGUUUGUGCAAAUAAUGGACUUUGCUAUUACCAUUUCAAAAAUAGGUGCACGAUGACUAACAGAAAUUGCUAUUGCGUAGAGAACAAUAAGCCAGUAUUCAAAUUUAUUAGCAAUGGACUAUGCGUUAACCCGACAUUGAAAAAAUGUACUAAAUCCCCGGCACCGGAAACGGCACCGGCAGCCGCAUCUUCCAGAGGCUGAUUGUACUUAAAUCUGUUUCUUCUUUUUACCAAAAAUAAAAGCAAUUCAACAGCCACAGA